AUGAGUGUAUCCACGAUUUUGAACCGACUGUCUGCGCUCGACACCAACACAGUGUCUGAUGCCCUAGAUUUUCUGGAGCUCAAAGGAGCCACUUACGGUCUGCGACCACUCUGGGACUGCCCGAAAAUUGUUGGACGUGCCAGCACUGUGAAAGUGGGCCCCAAGACUGAUGCUGCUCCCACGACCCAUCUGCUUACCCCGGUCGUCGAUGCCGUCAGGACAGACGAUCGCAUUCUCGUCAUCUCCGGCGGCAUCAAGGGCGUCUCAUGCUGGGGCGACAUCCUCGCCAACGCUUCGAAAGAGAAGCGCAUCCGUGGAACUAUUAUUGACGGCAUGAGCCGUGAUAUUGACGGCAGCCGGGAGGUCGGCUAUCCCGUCUACGGCCGGGGAGUGACCAUGAUCAGCGCGCGCAAUCGAGUGGUGCAAAUAGAGUCCGGUACGCCGCUGCAAAUGCGUGGCGUCACCGUCAACCAAGACGACUAUGUGAUCGCCGACAACUGCGGAACGGUAUUUGUCCCAGCCGAGCGCAUCGAGGAGGUCCUAUGCCUUGCUGAGCGCAUCAACCGUCGUCAGAACCUCAUGGUUCAGGCUGUCCGAUCAGGCAAGCCCGUCUCGGAGGUCAUGCACGACAGACACUUCGAAGCGAUCCGCGACAGUGACGCGUCUGCGUUGUCCUCCCAGCGAAACCCCAAGAAGGCGUGCCCAGAAGAUAAAGAGUUGGUUGCCCUCUUUACCGAUUCGGAUACCCCCGGCGUCUCAGACGCGCUCGAUAAGCUGGGUAUAUCUGGACAGGCGUUCGGAAUCAUGCCGUUGACCAACUACAAGAAGGUGGUCGUGGGGCCGGCCUUCACGGUCCGCUACGUCCCCGCCAGCGACCCCCCAGGCAAUGUUGGUGAUUUCAUCGAUGAUGUGGCUGUUGGUGACUUUGUGGUUAUCGACAACGGCGGUCGCACAGAUUGUACUGUAUGGGGAGAUAUCAUGACGCAGUACGCCGGCCUGCGAGGGAUUUCAGGCACUGUUAUCGACGGGGUCUGCCGUGAUGUGGAUCGUGCGAUCAAGGACGACUAUCCCCUCUUCACCGCUGGGCGUUGGAUGCGGACCGGCAAGGACCGGGUUCAGGUCGGAGGCGUUAAUGAGUCGGUGGGCAUCGGCAAAGUACGUGUCAACCCUCGCGACAUUGUUGUUGCAGAUGCAAACGGCGUCGUGAUCGUCCCACGACACCGGGCCCGUGAGGUGGCUGAAGUUGCCCGGAAGAUCGAGAAGACAGAAGAAGGCAUCCGGGAAAUGAUUGCCGGCGGGUCGACCAUCGCGGAGGCGCGAAAGCAACAUGGAUACCACACACUGCAGCGUCAUGAUAAGAAUCGGAGUUGUCAAAAAGGCGAGGCUGUAUUAUGA